CGAAGGGGCGUGGCCGGGAAGGGGGCGUGUCCGUGCAGCGAUGGAGGCGGCGGAGCUGCGGGUCGGGUUCGUGGGCGCCGGGCGGAUGUCGGGAGGUCUGGCCCGGGGGCUGCUGAGGGCAGGCUGGAGAAGACGAGCCCGUCCCAUCUGAAAUCGGGGUCCCCAGGUUGCACUGGGGUGUCCCCACCACCCUGGGGCCACCCCGGCCGCUCACCCCGGUCCCCGUGUUCCCCAAGGGAAGGUGCCAGCCAGCAGCAUCAUGGCCAGCGCCCCCUCGGACAGAAACCUUGGCGCUUGGCGGGAGUCGGGGUGCAGGACCACCCACUGCAACCUGGAGGUGCUGCAGGAGAGCACCCUGGUCUUCCUGGCCACCAAACCCCACGUCCUGCCGGGGGUCCUGCAGGAGAUCCGUCCUGCCGUGGGGCCCCACCACGUUGUUGUCUCGCUGGCAGCCGGUGUCACCCUCCAGACACUGCAGCGGCUUCUUCCCGCCGGGACCAAGGUGCUGCGGCUCAUGCCCAACCUGCCAUGCGUGGUGCAGGCAGGGGCGAUGGUCUUUGCCCGGGGCAGCGGUGCCGGUGAUGGAGAAGCCGCCCUGCUGAAGAGUCUCCUGUCCUCCUGCGGGCUCUGCGAGGAGGUCCCCGAAUCCUACAUCAACAUCCACACCGGCCUCAGCGGCAGUGGGGUGGCCUACGUCUACUUGUUCGCUGAAGCUAUGGCUGAGGGAGCGGUGAAGAUGGGGAUGCCGAGCGGUUUGGCCAGCAGGAUCGCAGCUCAGACGCUGCUGGGUGCAGCGAAGAUGAUGCUGGAGACAGGGGAGCACCCGGCGAAGCUGCGAGGAGAUGUCUGCACGCCCGGGGGCACCACCAUCCACGGGCUGCACCAGCUGGAGAAGGGCGCGCUGCGGGCCACCGUCAUGAACGCCGUGGAGGCGGCCACCGAGCGGGCACUUGACAUGGCCAAGGACUAGUGGGGUGGCUGCGGAUGAGCCCCUCUGUCCCACCCCUUGUGGGGUAGGAGAGGUGAUGGGGACCAGACCGAACACCUUCAGGGAGCAGGAGGACCCUGACACCCCCAGGAGACCCCGGCUGGGGGUGGGAGGUGGUGUGGACAUGGAUGCACAUCACGUGGUACCUCUGCAGGGCUGGGACAGAAUAAAUGUGGGUAGCAGGAUGGUAA